AUGGCCAGGGACAGACCGGGUGACCCCUCGGGGGCAACCGUCACUCUUUCCACACCACUUGGCACUUGGCACGACUAUGUACACAGCAGCAGACCACAACAUCAACAACACCCAAAAAAGAUGACAUUCCUCAACCAACUCAAACUAUCCAACUUCUCACCAACGACCAAGAAGGCAUUCUCCGAUCUCACACUACUCGCGAUCUCCCAAAUCUUCCUCUUCUAUGGCGUCAAAUAUAUCCUAGCCAGGGCGGAUCCAUCCAGACAAUCGAAGGACCAUCUGCUCAAGAAAUCCAAGAAAGUCAUGAAGAGUAUGGGCUUGGAUAAGAAGACCUUGGAGCUCGACGAUCAUGAGGCUAUGUUGAUCGGAGAAGUCAUCCAGCCUGAUGAAAUCGAUGUCGGUUUUUCUGAUGUUGGCGGAUUAGAUCCGAUCAUCAACGACCUGAAAGAGUCAAUCAUCUUCCCGCUCUGUUACCCUUCAACCUUCAAAUCAUCAGCCGGACUAUUCAGCUCACCCAAGGGUGUCCUACUCUACGGUCCUCCGGGAUGUGGGAAGACCAUGCUGGCAAAAACCUUGGCAAAAGAGAGUGGGGCGAUGUUCAUCAACAUCAAACCCAGUGACUUGAGCUCAAAGUGGUUUGGUGAAUCAUCUAAGCUCGUCGCAGCUCUCUUCUCUUUAAGUCAGAAACUUCAACCUAGCAUUAUCUUCAUCGAUGAAAUCGACUCGUUCAUGCGCGAAAGAUCACGGACUGACCACGAGGUAUCUGGAAUGAUGAAGGCUGAAUUCAUGACAUUAUGGGAUGGUCUGGCGACUGGAAGCAGUAGGAUUCUAGUCUUGGGAGCCACAAAUCGACCGAAUGAUAUCGAUCCAGCGAUCUUACGUCGGAUGCCAAAACGGAUUCCAGUCGGCUUACCCAACCUGCAACAACGGACCAACAUUCUCAACCUAUUGUUGAAAGAUAUCAAGAUGGAGGCUAAUUUGAGCAUAGAAUAUUUAGCGCAACAGACGACGAAUUAUUCGGGCUCGGAUCUGAAGGAGUUUUGUCGCUCAGCAGUCAUGGCACCUAUCAAAGAAUACGUACGAUCAAAAGGAGGAGAUAAGUCAGCGAUGGUCGAAGCUAGUCAAUCCGAACUCGAGCUGAGACCGAUUCGGUUGGACGAUUUCGAGAUCGAGAAGAACCUUAAGCACGAGCCUAACUCGGUCGUCCCUAUCGCCUCUCUAGACUAGCAUUCAUUUUGUUUUAUUUUGUUUCUUGAUGACGAAUAUGAUGAUAUCCAUCGACAUAAAUUUCAAUUACUUUGAUUGCUUUUCUGGUUAUCAUGUUCUAGUGAAGAAAAUAGAGUUUUCCCUUUUGUUUUGUGCAUGUGUGUGUGUAGUUUGCCUUUGUGCAUUCAUUUCCAGAGGCAGUGUUUUAUGAUUCUCAUCCUCUUGGCUUUGAGAGAUAUACGUUACAUAUAUAUAGAUCAUCAUCAAUCUCUUGUUCCUUGUUUCUUUUUUGGUAUUAUUCUUGAGAUUAUAAUAACAUUACUGAAUGUUCAUAUGAGUUAGUAAUCAGUCAAAUUUGCAGUUGAGUCCUAUUAGAAUGAGUGGGAUUGUGGCAGUGAA